AUGUCCUCAAGUCUUGUUUCUUCUUCAGACAACAACAACAAUAAUAAUAACAAUAAUAACAACAGUAUUGUGUUGGAGUGCCAGCGCCUAUUGAAGUUGUACGAUGAUGCUGUGAAACAACUUCGAGUUCCUCUUGCAGAUAAAGCAUUCUAUGAGACCUGCUUCGUAUUACCUGUGCGAGAGCUGUUGGGAUUAUCAACUAGUGAACAACUUCAUCAUAAUCAUAAUAAUCAACAACAAAUAAAAAUAGAAAAGCAAAAAGGAUGUCUUAUUGCCUUGAGGGCACUUUGUACACAUCUGGAGGCUCAUCGUGAGUCGACGCUGCGGGUAUUACAGUUAUGUCAACAUCGUGAUGAACUUGUAAGAGAGUUACUACACUACUGUGAACAUUACGAAAACAUCAAUAAUACUAGUACUAAUAGUAAUAGUAGUAACAAUGACGUGGAAUCACGCAAACCAGAUGAUGAUAUAGUGACCUUCUUUUUAGAUAAAUUGAACGAACAUCAUCUUGUAACGUUAGUACUUGUGGAAUCUAUUUUUAACUGGCGUGAACAACUCACACGACCAUUUUCCUUUAACGUUUCUGGAGCCAAUUACAUUUAUCGUAUUAUGGAAGACUGCGCCAUGAUGGACACUAGCAAACUUGGUGUUGCCUUACAUCUGCAGCUUCGAGAAUAUCCACUUGGAUCCAACAACAGUUCUCUUCACAAAACUGGAGGAGGAAGAGGAGGACGUUCACGCAAAAAGGUUCGUCAAACAAGCAGGAAUGCACAUACGCGCAGUAGUAGUAGUAAUAAUAGUAGCCAUACUAAUAAAAUAGGCCAUAAGUACACCUCAUUCAUUCCCGCAACACUUAUGCAGGGGAAUCCCUCCUUGUGUCGACGGAGUUCCGUCACUUCUCUGUUGAGGGAAAAACACAAAUUGAAACAAGGAGAACGGCAACGAGAGAAGGUGAGAGAACAACGGGAUAAAGAGCGUCUCAUAUGGGGAGAAGCCGUUAUUAAAGGAGAACAUCUUCUUCAACAACAGUUGUUAUCGGAAUUAAUGGGUAUGGCAGAAGAAGGAUACUUUGUACCUUUUAUUGCAAUGCCAGAUAUACUACGAGAUUCUGAUAAGGGAUUGCCACUCGCUGAAGAUUCCACAGAGGUUUGGCGAAAGCAGCUUUUAACAACAAAUAAUAAUGAUUAUUUGAUGGGAUCUGUGGUAUCACAGCAGCAGCAGCAGGGUACAAAUGGACAGAGUAGUAAUCACACUAAGAAAGAGAAUGGAAUAAAUGAGAAUGAUAACACUGGUAAUGGUAUGGUAUUCUCAGAGAAAAGGCCUUCUGUUUACUCUUCCCUAUCUGUUAUUUCCUCUUCAACAGAGUCAUCAUCAUCAUCAUCGGUAAUACCAUCAUCACCUUCUUCCCCUUCUUCUUCUUCUUUGUCAUCUCUGUCCUCUUCCUUUGUGCAACUCAGCUCAUCUAGUUCUGCUGCUGCUCUUUCACCCGAAAGCUCCUCAGAGAAAUAG